AUGGGGGGAUCGACACUACAGGUAAAUAGCUAGCAACUUGUGGUCUUCUUGGGCAAACUAAUUUUUAAUGAAUCUCUUAGCAAGAACCAUAUUCAGGUUCUAUUGAUCGCUUCGCCUAAGCCAGUCCCAUUUGUAAUUGAAAUUCGACCGUAAAUACACCUAAAUACCGGUUUUCAGAGAGAUUAUGAUACACCUAAAUACCGGUUUUCAGAAAGACUAUGACAAAUUGAUUGCUUGGUCUCCACAGGCAUCCAAGUACGGCUUGAAUUUUUGUGAAGCACCUCACCACGAUCCGGUAGCUUGAGAAACAGGACCAAUAAGAUGACAGUUAGGAACUGCUAGAACUAGAGCUGGGUGCGAGAGAGAAAAAGAUACUCAUUUCUUUUCAAAAAAAAUUUAAAGUUAAACGCAUCUCCUUUGUGGAUUUUUCUUUUAAAAAUCAGUUUUUUUACUAAAAAAAUAUUUUUAAAUUAUUUUCCAUUGUUUAUAACAACAACAAGAUUUUGUUUUUAAUGUUGAAAAAUUUUUUAGUGCGAUUUAAAUAUUUUCGCAUCUUCAAAUAAGCUUAGUAAAGAUUAGCCUACGAACUUAAUAGAUCUUUAGUUUUUGGUUCUGUGCGGCCUUACCAGUGCCGGGCGGGGACUUUUGAUUUGAGGGCGGGGGUCGAAAAAUCGGCAGUUAGCUCGUGUGCCGAUUUUAAAAAUUUAUCCCAAAAAUCCACAGGGGGACCACGUUAAACUUUUUUCAAAAUUUUUUUUCUGGGGGGGGGGUUUCUAACAUAAACAGUAACAUAGCCUUACAUAUUUUAUCAGCUUACUAAUCAAUUUAAUGUAAAAUGAAUUUCUAGCAAUUAAAAGACAAAAGAAAUGGAAACCUUUAAGCCUAUCUUUAAGCAAGGCAUAACACUUUUACAAUCCGAUUUACCACGCGUUUGUGCUCAACUUUGUAUCAAUAAUUUAAGUGAUUAAACUGUCACAAAGAGUAUUGUAAACAGAUUUGAAGAAAUGUUUCUGAUAAGCUGCUUACAACAAGGAGCAAAAGCAAUCGUAUCCUACACCGUAGUAUAUACGUGUAAAAAGGCCCAACUUUUUAGCCUGGUCUUUAUGCCUGGCUUGGGUGUGGGCCUAUGGCCUUGGUCUUAUUAUUUCUGUUAUGGCCCAGUUCAGUUCAGCCCAGCUUAGCCCAACUUAGUACAUCCAAGCAAAGCGCAACCCAACACAGUACAAUUAGUCCGGCUUAGCCUACCCAAGCUUAUGUUAGCCAGUCCAGUCCAGUCUAGUUCAGUCCAUUCCAGUCCCGUCCAGUCCAAUUCGGUCUAGUCCAGUCCAGUCCACUCCACUCCACUUUACUCCAGUACAGUUUAGUCCAGCUUAGCCUAACCCGGCUCAGCCCAGCCCAGCCCAGCCCAACCCAGCCCAGCCCAGCCCAGCCCAGCCCAGCCCAGCCCAGCCCAGCCCAGCCCAGCCCAGCCCAGCCCAGCUCAGCCCAGCCCAGCCCGGCCCAGCCCAGCCCAGCCCAGCCCAGCCCAGCCCAGCCCAGCCCAGCCCAGCCCAGCCCAGCCCAGCCCAGCCCAGCUCAGCUCAGCCCAGCCUAG